AGCACGGCUUGGUCUCUGGCCCCUUCACUCCGUGCCUUCCGCAGCUGCCACUGCAGCCGCGCCGUGGGGCUCCCUCCCUACAGCCAGCGGCAGCCCCAGCCUGGUGCCUUGGCAAAGGAAAAGGGCGCUCGGACACGCGUUCCAAGCGGGUCCGGUGAGGAUAUCCUGGGUACCGCUCGCUUUCCCUGACGGCUUGCUUGCCCGCAGUGGCUCCCUCAGUCCUUCGCCCGUACGCAUACACUCCCACAGCAGGGAGCAGUUUUGGGUGGCGUGGGCUCCGUCCUCUUCUUGGCGGGCAGGAACCGUGUGCCCCAGAGAGAAAGUCUGGUGGGCCCGGCCCCUCCCAGCCCAGCGCCGAUGAGUGCCAGGGCGCCCAAGGAGCUGAGGCUGGCGCUGCCGCCGUGUCUCCUCAACCGGACCUUUGCUUCCCCCAACGCCAGCGGCAGUGCGAGUGCCCAAGGCCCGGGCGCAGGCGGCGGCACCUGCAUUACGCAGGUGGGACAGCAGAUCUUCCAGUCCUUCUCCUCCACGCUGGUGCUGAUUGUCCUGGUCACCCUCAUCUUCUGCCUCAUCGUGCUGUCCCUCUCCACCUUCCACAUCCACAAGCGUAGGAUGAAGAAGCGGAAGAUGCAGAGGGCUCAGGAGGAAUACGAGAGGGAUCACUGCAGCGGCAACCGCGGCGGCAGGGGCCUGUCUCCGGCCGGUGGCCAGGCCCCAACCCACAUAAAAGAAAGCCGGCUGGAGAGGCAACCCCAGGACUCCGUUUUCUGCGAUCCCUCCAAAGUGUCCUCGUCCUCCUCUUUGUCCCCUGGCCUCCCGAGCCAGGAUCCCUAUGCUCCUCCGCCUCCACCACCGGCCCCCAGUCCGCAAGGAGCACACGCAGCCUCCUCUUGUUUGGACACACCUGGCGAGGGCCUUUUGCAAACGGUGGUACUGUCCUGAUUGUCUAGCUCUUCACCUCUCCCCUUUUUUUGUUUCCAGCAUCUCUGCCGUCCUCGCUUUCCCCCCUCCCCGUCCUUCCUCUCUCACUUUCCUCUGGCCUCUCUUUCCUCUUCCUUCCUCCCUCCCUUCGUUCCUUCUGUCCUUCCUCCUCCGUCCUCCCCUUACUGCUUCUCCUCCGCCGAGGCACUGUGCGGUAUUUGUAAAUAUUGGUCAAGGAAAGUCUCGGAAGAAGAAAUAACGCUGAUAAUAAUACUUUAUUAUUAAUAUUUACAGUAAUUAUAAUACUAAUAACAAUCCAAGCGCAUGACAAAUCACAUAAUUUUUCAUUGUCAAUGAAGGAUGCGUCCUUCCUCUCCACCCUGCACCCCCCACAAUAAGGAGGAGAAACUGCACAAGCCACCAAAUACUAUAGAACAGGCACUGACCCUAGGCAAAGAGAGUGCAGGGGACCCGGUGUCUUGUACAUAGCUGUCAGGUUAAGGUUCCGUUACCUUCCUUCCCCUCCACCCCUCAGGCUUUCACUUUCCCUUCAGCUUCCCUCCUUUCCCCAUUCGCACCCUCAGCCAGGCUCAGGCAAUAGCAUAUUAUAAAGAAAAUGUCUACAUUAAGCACCAGGACUACCAGAGGCCACAGAGACUGUCCCAGGAAAACGUUUAUGACACGUACCGCUCUCCAGUCAUUCCUCUGGUCACCAGGUAGUUAACCAUUCCCUUUUCCAGAACUAGGUAUUUUAAUUUACUUUUAGAUAUGUCCCUCACUAGCCCACCAUAAAUACAUUAAAAAUGCUGAAAUUAGCAUAAAGUUAGCUACUGCGUUAGCUCCCUGCCCCGCCCCCACCUGUGCGCCUUUGACUUGGCUGUUCAGCCAGUUCAGGUGUUGACGUGGCCUCACCAAAAUGGUUACUUUCCUCGGUUGUGCAGGCGACGGAGGGGCUUUUCGGAAAGUGGCUAUUCUAGUUUUUUGUUAGUUUCUUUCUUUUUCGACAAUUGGAUUUGCGUGCACUAUCAGUUUCCUUAACAUUAGAUAUUGCAUACGUUACUUUUUUGUAAAAAAAAAAAAAAAAGUAUUAAGUAAUGCCCAGUACUGAAAAUGCAGUAUACAACCAAAACAGAAUGUUUAAUUUUUAGAACAAGUGCACCUUUGUUAUAUAUUUAUUAUAUUGGUACCAAAUACAGAAGCAAACUAUAGUUGUGUUCUAAGUCCUUGAAACUGUAUAUUCUUGUUCUUAAUUUGUAGCUGUUGGUAUAAUGGUUAUCACUGAGUGAGAAAUUCCGUGGGAUAGGCCUGGCUUCUGCUGUUUCCAGAAGUGUGCUUUUGUAUCUUACUCUGUGGUAGACUGUUAUAAAAAAGAUAACACAUAUGUUUUCUUUUUUCUCUUUGUGAAUAACAGAAUCAACCACAAUAGAAAACAAACAAAUAAUGGAUGUGCAGGAAUGCCAUCUAUUAAACAUGGUUAAUAAUUAAACAGUGCCUGUAGUCCUCCCUGCAUGCAGUUACCACCUGGAGGCAGUAGUGUGCUUGUUUGCUUGCACUGUACGUGUUUGGAGGUGAGGCUGGUGGGGAUGUUGGGCAAUUUGGGUGACAGGACAUGCAAAUUUCAAGACAAGUUAAACCCAGGAAUACUUGUAGGGUAAGAAUAUUUGCAAUUUGUUUACUUAGAAUUCGUGCUUGCAUCUGAGAUGUGGCAAAGAAAGGGUUCCCUUUCUCUUUAUGAGUCUGGCCUACCCAACUUCAGUGAACAGAUAAAGAAAGAUUGAAUAAAAAAGAAAGUGAGAGAAGAUCAAUUUCUUUUGUUCUCUCUUCUAAUGCCGGACAAGGUUAUUUAUGCUAGAAAUGGAGUCCACUUAUGGUUAUUUACCACUUUGUUUCCCCUGGACUGAUGGUAGUGGAAACCAGAAGCCUAUUACAAUCUUAAUUAUAUGCAGUGAAAUCUUUUCUUGGAAACGAAUUCUUGACAGCUAUUCAAACAUUUGGAAAAUGUAUGAAUGAGAAUGUUCAACAAAAAACUCGUCGAAAAGAGCCCUUACAAACCUGCAGAGUAAGGCAGCUGUGCCGCCAAGUACAUCCCUCUCCCAAGUGACUAGUAGUUCUCGAUUCUUUGUCUUGGUUCCAGGCAUAUGUGCUUUUUUCCCCCAGAGAAAAAUAUUACUUCUGAGGUUUUAGGUCAUCUAUUAAAUUACUCAAGCUCAGUCUGCACCUUUUAUAAAAAUAAUUUAAUAAGCUUAAUUUUAAUCACCCAUUACAUAUUCACUUAAGUCCUUUCCUGAAGCACAGAAGAUCGUCAUUUAAGCAUGACAUGUUGUAAUAUUAGGAAGACCAGGUACAAUAUAUUAAACAAUGAACCAGGUUCUCUCCAGUGCCUUAGUCACUUCCUAGUAAUAGGUAAAACAGUACAGGAACUCCCUCAGGCCACUAGGGAAUCCUUUAGUGCAUCAAAGUUAGACAUUGUACAUCAGAAUGACUAAGGCACUGUGAAGAAGAAAGUCCAUUAAUUUUUGUAGCUCGCCCUCACCUGGCUGUAGCUUUUUAAUAUCUUAUUAUAGAAUGACUUUUGGACUUGAAAUUUGAAUAGAAUCAGGGACUCAGAAGGGAGCUUCUUCAUUUCCAAAGAGCUACAUCAACUGCAUAAAUAUUACUUUCUCCCCUUAUUUGGUGCGCUCCUUACAGCGAAUAAUUCCCCAUUUUAUUAAAGCAAUAAGAUGUUCUGUUGUGAGCAAUGCUGGGUGAUGAUUCCAUUUCCUUGGUGCUGAAGCCACUCAUACAUUCUUGCCUUAUGAAUCAUAGUGCAUUCAAGGCAUGCAAUAAUAAUCCCCCUCCAAGGAGCAACCUGUACACACUCUAGGGGUAAUUAUGAAAUUGUCUUAUGUAAUCUUUUCCCUAAAGGAAUAGAGGAGACAGAAGAAAGAAGCAUUAUAUGUCUUGUUUUAAAAAUAUUAGAUACUUCUACACAUGGCCACAUAUCCAUAAGUUUUAUUGUACACUUUUAAAUAUAUGUGACUUUCUCCAUUAAUUGACUAUGGCUUAAUAUUUUUAAUACUGCUUUGUGUAAAGAUAAUGUGGUUUGUGAAUCAAAUUUCAUGCUGAGUUUAAUAUACUCAGAGCCCUAAGCUUCUGGUGUUAUCACUUGAGACUCUUUAUGCGAUAGAGAAUUACACAAAAUUCUAGUAAUGCCAUCCCAUCAAAUUAUUGAAAGAAGCACAUAUCCAAGCAAUUUGCACAGACUCUGUUUAAAGUAUUGCUUCUUAUAGUAUAGAUCUCAAUUGAUAGUCUAAGGAGUUUGGAAUGCAACUAACAGGGAGUUUUGGAUUUCAUGUAUAUGAAACAAAAGACAGCCUGAAAAAAGCUAAAUUUGUUUUAAAGAUUUUAUUCACUGAUGUCCCGUCAAACUAAUUGCUUCAAAUCCCUAUAGCUAUGGCUCAACUUCUGCACUUGCUAUUCAGUAUUAAUAAGGUGGCAUGCUUGAUUCUUAUUAUUUUUAAAAAUGAGAAAAUUGGAGAGAGAAUACAAUUAUGUCAACUGUAUGGGACUCUGAAUCUUAAAAAUGUAGAUGAAUAUAAUCUUCUGUAGAAUUUAUAUACACUCAUAGAUAUGUAUUUAUAUAUACAUACAUUUUGUACAAAUUUACAAUAGACUUUUUGUAUUCUCUUUUCUGCCAUUACAAGAAUGAGAUGGAAACCAAAUAGUUGUUCCAUCCUCUUAUCCAGAGAGGAUACUGAGAAGUCAGGUAUAUGCAUGUACUUUUUUUUGGGGGGGGUCAAAUCUGAAUGACUUUUCUCUUUAUUUAAUGAAAGGGGAGAGUACUGGUUGGCUUGGGAAGUGGUAAUUAGAUAAGCUUUCUUUCAUAGGUAGUGACUCAAAUGCAGCAACGAUAAUGAAUUUAUGACCAUAUCUAUUGGUCUAAAUAUCUAGAUGCAAAGCAAAAAUUCCUAGAAAAGGUUUAGGAUCACCUAGACCACAAACCUGUAUUGUUGCUCAUUUUUUAAAAAUUCUCAAUCUAUAUGUUGUAUGAAAGCAAAACAUAUCUGCAUAGCUAAAGGUAAAGUGAAAAUAUGGCCAUUAUAUGUUUAGUUUGAUAAGUAGUUUCUGAAAAAUAUGGGUAAAUUAGUUUUAAAAACUUUGGCAUCUCACUUUUCCAUUGAAUUAAUUAGAUAAUGUUUAAAAUUCUAUUUUUUCCAUUGUGCAGAUUUAUGCUUUAAAUUCAUUUUUGUGGGUGACAGUUGAACAGUUUCUAGCUGAUUUUAUGUGAAAGUUGUAGGUUGAAUUAGAAUGAGAAACUUUAAUCUAAUAUGGUCAGGUUCCUCAGGUCCACUCCCAGAUGAAUCUGAACUUUGAAUAUGAAUCUGAAAAGCCACUUAUCUGGGCCAUCCUUUGUUAGAACUAAUGAUGUGGCUUGUAGAUAUUUGGUUCACAUGAAAAAGAACUGACCUAUCUAUACAGAGGUAUUUUAUCAUUGCAUUGAAUAAUGAUUUAUUCUGAUUCUAAUUUGGUUUUUGAUUUAUUUGAUAACAUUUGAGAAACAACUUUGAUGGCUUGACCUCAAUACUUACUAAUGUCACCAACCUAAUAAUACAAUUGGUGCCAUUUAGGAAUGCUUAGCUAAGGAUAAGAAUUAAGUUAACUUUAAUCGGGGGCAAUGUCUUAUCAAGGUGAUCCUAUCUGAGGCAGGGAUUUGUGAUUUCAUUGAGUUGUUUUUAUAGAAAGGUUAAUAAUAAUGAUGACAACAAGAACAACAACAUAAAAACUGAUUUUUGAACUCAAGUAUAUCUAAGAAACAUAAUAA